AUGACAUGGAUACCAACUGAUUCCUUUUUAAAAGGUAUCAUUAUUAAAUCAUUUUUACCAAAUGAUAAACAUCCAAAUUUGAGAAAUAUCAAUUAUCAAAAUUUAUACCCUGGGGAUCAAGUAUUUAUAUUUGAAACAAAUGAUGAUAAAUGGGCAAGAGGUUAUGUUAUUCAAAAACCAUUUCCUAAUGAUUUCAUAGUAACCUCAGUCAAUCUCGAUGCUUUACCACUUGAAAAAAUAUCAACAUGUAUUUUCCCAUUAAAAUAUGUUAAAAUUGAAUGUGAAAUUCCAUUUGAUCAAGUUGAAAUAAAUAGAAAAUUUAAUAAUUAUUCAAAUGAAGCUACUCAAGUUCCAUCAAUUAAAGAUUCAGAGAAAGAUUAUAAAGAUGCUACUGGAAGCUGGGGUCAAUCUCAAGAUCAAUCUGGUAAAGAGCCAACACCUCAAUUACCAGCUCAAAAAGAUCAAAGUAAUGAAAAUAUUUUAGAUGAAAUUAAAUACUCAUUAGAAUUGUUGAAUUCUCAUAUUUUUACUUUGUAUUCAAUGGGUGAAUUUAGAUUAUUUUCCAAAUUAUCACAAAUUUAUUUUGAAUUACACGAGACUAGAAUUAAAUUAGUUAAAGAAUUAUUAACUGAUGAUGAAGCACAAGUUGCAAGAGAAACAGCUACAUAUUUAUUAAAUAAAAUACCUAAAAAAUUGGCAUCAAAAGCAGCUAGGUUAAAUCUGAAAAGUUAUGAUUUAGAAAAUGAAAAUAGUGAUACAAGCGGAUAUAAAUCAAUUCUAUCAAGAGAUGCUGAAACUGGUGAAGUAUUAACUUUAGAAACUGCAACACCUUCAAGAAUAGCAUUAAAUAAUGAACUAAGUUCAUUACUUCUUAAUUUCCCAAUUAAUGCUCAUCAUUCAAUAUCUAAAUAUUCAUUAAAACCACCAAAGAAUAAAAAAUUUUAUCAUGAACCACCAUCACAUAUUUUAGUUGAUUUUAAAUCAGUUUCUGGUUCUUCUGCUUAUCAACCUCCUGGCUUUGCAGGUAUGAUUGCUUAUAUGUACAUUAGAAACAAUAAAAAAAGAUUAACUGAAGCGUUUGCAGUUCAUACAAAUUCAGUUGAUGAUUUAGUUCAAGUUGAAAAAAUUAGUGCUGCAUUAUUUAGAAAUUUACCUGCAAGUGAAAUUGAUAAUAAUCGUGUUUAUUUAGUUGUUGUAUUAACAGAAGAAAUUGAUUUAAAUUUGAACAAUACUCAUUUACCAUCAAUUAAAAGAGUUAAAAAGGGAGUUGCAGCUGGUGUAGCAGAUAUAACUAGAAUUUUUUCAAGAAAUGAAGGAUCUUUACAAUCGGGAGAAGCUCAUCAUUUUUCAAUCAAAUUAUUUGGAUCAUAUAUGAAUAGAAAACCGUCAACUGGUGAUAUUAAAGGUGUUGUUAAUAAUGGUUGGGGUGAAUUGGUUGAUCGUAUCAUUUCUGGUUCUUCUCAUGGUGUUGCUGUUAAUCCAAGAGCUGAGAAAUUAGUAGUCACAGUUAAAGAAUUUAAACAUCAAUUUAAUGGUUCAAAUAAUGUUAAUCAAAUUUCUUCAAGUGCUCCAAUUUCAAGAAUUAAACCAAUUUUCUUUGAUCCAUUAGCUGAAAAUUAUGAAAGAAUUUAUUUAAGUAUGGGAAAAGUAUCAUUAUUAAAUAAUAAUACAAAAGAUGAUUUAUUGACUUUAGAAAUUCAUACUCCAAAUAAUGAAUUAAUUACAUUUGCAAAAGCUUCUAAUCAACAAGAGAAAAGACAUUGGCAGUUUAUUUCAAUUUUUCCAGAUGAAGCAAUUGGUGAAAUUGUUAAAAUUAAUGGUGUAGCAUUAAAGAAUAAUUCCAAAAAGAUUCCAAAAGAUGAUCAUAUUAUUCUUUCUUUAUUUGUUAAUGGUGUUUUAGCUGGUGAAGGUAGAUUAUUAUAUAAAUCAGGUAAUAGGUUAGUUGAAUUUAACAAGAAGAAAACUCAUACUAUUGAAAUUAUAUCAACUGCUCAUAAUAUUCCUAUGGCACAUGUUGAAAUUAAUACUGAAUAUAUUGGAAAAGUAUUCAAUUCUGAUAUUUCAAUUGAUAAUAUUUUCCAGUAUGAAAGAUUUUUCCAAUUGGGUCAAAAAGGAAUUGAAGAGUUAUCAAAUUCAUUAGCUACAUUUACAAAAUUGGGAAUUGCACAAUUGGUCAAAUAUUUUCCUGAAUUGUUGAGUUCUUUAUAUGGUAUUAUUGAUCUUGCUGCUAAUCAUUCUGGUCCUUGUAUUGAAAUACUUGAUGAUAAUACAUUUAAAGCUGUUGUUCAUUUAUUAGAUACUACAUUUGGAAUACAAGAUGAAUAUUUUCAUUUGAUGGAUAAUUUCGAAGCUAGAUAUGUAAGAUCUGACCAAGUUGGAAUAUUUUUAUUAACUAAAAUUGGAGAAAUUUUUGCAAGAGUUCAAUCUAACUGGAAUUCAGUAUCAAGAGCAGUAUGUAGAAUCAUGUCGAUAUUAAUGAGAUUAUCUAUCUCAGCAAUUAAGAAAGUUUCAGAAAAGGAUAAUUAUUUCAGAUUAUUAAACCAAUUAUUUAAAAAUGUUGCACAAUUUUUAACCAUUGAUUCUUUGACAUUAAUUGAUGAUCAAACUUUAUUAAUGGAUAUUGUUGAUUAUGUAUUUGCAUUUAGAGUAAAUUUAGAUGAAACCAAAAUUUUGAAAUUCAUGAUUACAUUUAUUGAUUCAAUUGGAUCAAGAGGUUUAGGUGUUGAUGAACCAAAUUUUGAUGGAUCUUCAAAUCAACAAUUGAUAAAACAACAUAAAUUGGUAAUUAAUAAAUUAUUAUUAAUUUUAAGAUUAUUAAAUACUUCAUUAACUAAACAAGUUGAUACUCAAUCAAUUUUAAUUUCGAAAGCUGUUGUUUGGUCAAUGGAUAUAUUUUUAGGUCCUACAGAUAUUGAAGCUAGUAGAUUAGCAUGCAGUAUUAUAAUUUCAAUUUGUAAUUUAUUAUCAGAAAGGAUUAAUAAUAAUAAUGCAACUCAAAAUGAUAUUGAAUUAUGUUUUUCAUUAACUAAAUUCUUACCUGCAAUUUCAAGCACUUUCAUUAAAUAUAACAAAAUUACAAGAGGUAAUGGAUCAUUUAAACCUAAAAGAAUAGUUACUCAAUUAUUCCCCAUGACUUAUCCAUUUACUGAAUUUUCAAUAGAUUCAGUUGUUAAUGAUGAAAUAUUAGUUGAAAUUUUAGUUGAAUUAGCUACUUGUUUCACAUCUGUCGCUAGAAUUGGUAAAAAAGCAUCUGGAAAUGAAGGAUUAGCUAAAGUUUUAUCAACUCAUAUUGAAAAUGAUUUUUUUGAUUCAAAUAAGUAUUUAGUUGCCAAUUUUGAAAGUGAAGAUAUUUUAACUGUUAUUUCAGGUAUUAGAUAUAUGAGAUUAGGUAAAUAUUAUCCAGAUGAUAAAUGGUUAUCAUUAGCUGGUGUUAUAGCUGAAGGCUGUUUAUGUGCGUUAGAAUUAAUUAGAACAUUAAUUUUAACUUAUCAACUACCUACUUUAGAACAAUCAGAAAUGUUUGAUAGAAUAUUAUGGGGUAAUUAUUUUAGAAGUUUAUUAAAAUUAGCAGUUGUUCCAUCUGUUGCCAUUGAACAUUUAUCAGAUAUACCCAAAAGAGCUUGUCAUGCAAUUACAAAAGAUGUACGUAGUAGAAUUGCAUUUUUAAUUAAUGAAGCAUGGGAUUCGUUAGCUUGGGAUGCAACAGAAGAAGAUGUUGUCCGUUUCAAUCUUAAAAAAUUUGGUGGUUAUCAAGUUGAAUUUAUUAAUGGUGAAUAUGGUAUAUUAUCUGAUUUAAUGUUAUUUGCAUUACAAAGAGAUCAAGAAUGUCAAGCAGUUUCAGUUAAAAUAUUAUGGACAAUUAUUAUUUCAGAAUAUAUUCUUAGUGAAAAUUUAAAAGAAGUUGAAAAACAAUGUUUAUUAGGAUUACAUGAAAUUUAUCAUAAAUCGUCAUAUAAACCAUCAAUGGAAGAUCAAAAUAAUUUUAUCGAUAGAUUAAAGGCUACAAUUAGAUUAGAUGGAGAAGAUGUUGCAUUUGGAUUAAUUUAUGGAUUUAUUAAAAGUUUUCAAGCAUUUUGUAGUACUUUGAACUACUAUUCAAGUGUUCCAAUUGGUUCUGAAUUUGAUGAAGAUAGAACAUUUCAUGAAAUUAAAUUAUUAGCACAGAUUAAAACUUCUGGAAAACCAGAAUUAUUCAAUUCAUUUAUAAAUACAAUGUAUGAAAAAAAUUUAUAUAAGAAUGAUUACGUUCAAGCUGCUUUAAGUUUAGAAUUAUUAGCUUCUACAUAUGAAUGGGAUCAUCAUAAAAUUGUACCAAUGAGUUUUAGACCUAAGCUCCCAGAACAGUCAUCAUUCGAAAGAAAAGAAAUUUUAUAUAAAAUGAUUGCUUCAAAUUUUGUCAAGGGUCAAUCAUUAGAAAAAGCAGCAGAUACAUAUAAUGAAUUAUUAGAUUCAUAUAAUGAACAUACUUAUGAUUUAAAAUCUUUUGCUUAUGUUCAUAAUAAAUUAGCACAAUUAUAUUUAGAUUUAGAAGUUUCUGAUAAAUUAACACCAAAUUAUUUCAGGGUUGAAGCAAUUGGAACUGGAUUCCCAUAUUAUAUGAGAAUAAUAGCACAAAUUUACCAAGGUUUACCAUUUGAACAUAUUACUUCAAUGCAUGAAAGAUUAUUGAAGAUAUUUCCUGGAGCUGGUAUAAUUAGUGAUGAUACAGAAGCACAAAAGAUGAAAGAAAAUAAUGUAACAGGUAGAUAUUUACAUGUUAAAAAAGUUGAACCAAAUUAUGAAUUUAGUGAUAAAUUAUUUAAUACUACUCUUGGUGUUAGAUCAUAUGCUAGAAAUAAAGAUUUAAGAAAUUUUGUAAGUCUUAAAAGAAUUCCGGGCUCAACUUCAGUAUUUGAUCUAUGGACAGAAGAAACUACAUAUGAAUGUUGGUUAUCAUUUCCUACAUUAAUGAAUAGAAGUUUUAUCAAGGGGGAUAAAACAAUUAAAUUAUCACCGUUGGAUAAUGCAAUUAGAACAUUAACUAGUAAAAAUGAUGAUUUAAUGCAAUUGGAAGCUAUGAUAAAUGCAUCAAUUAAAGAUAAAGUAGAUUAUUCAAAUGCGUUCAAUGAUUUAUCUAGACAAUUGGCCGGUACUGUUGAUUCGCCAGUAAAUGGAGGUGUUGGACAAUAUAGAUUAUUCUUUACUGAUUCAAAAUAUCAAAAUAAUGAAGAAAAUAAUAGAAAAACAAUAACUUUAAAAAACGCAUUUAAUGAUUUGGUUAUUAUAUUGAAUAGAUGUUUAAUUUUACAUGGUAAAUAUGUACCCAAUUCAAUGAAAGCAUCACAUGAAGCAUUGACAAAUUUAUUUAAUAAAAAUUUUAAAGAAGAAAUUGAAGCUUUGAAAUUGACUCAGGAUGAAAAGAUUACAACAGCUUCAAGAAUAUCAAUAUUUCAAGAUAAACGUUCUACAUCAAAUUCAUCAAUUAUAAAUGGUGGGAAUGGAAGUUCAAUUACUGCUCAAUCAAUUCCACAUUCCGCAUCAACCUCAAAAUUACAUAGAUCAUUAUCUAAUAGUUCAUCAAGUCAUAGAUCUGAAAAGACUUCAACAAUUGGUUAUUCAACAUAUACAUCUACAAAUGGAUCAGGAUAUAGUGGACUACCAUCAAAUCAAAGAACUACCACUUCAAAUGGGACAAAACUAUCACAAAAUACUAAAAAGACUGCUAUAAAUGGAGACUGGUAA